CCCUCCUCCUGAGAGGCGUGAAAAUGGACGACGUCCCGGCGCUGGUUCAUAUCUCCAUCUCGUUGUGGAUCCAACCCAACGACGGCGACGUUUUCUUCAAGGUGGACGGAAGCCGAUUCGGACAAACCAGAACCGUCAAAUUGCUCACGGGCUCCAAGUACAAGAUCCAAGUCCUCGUCAAGCCCGGAACAGUCGAGGCCACAAAUAUGAACAUCGGUGGUGUGCUAUUUCCUCUGGAGGAACAGUCGCGAGACGCCGAUCAGGUUGUCUAUCACGGGCGUUACGACACCGAGGGCGUCCCACACACCAAAAGUGGCGACCGGCAGCCUGUGGAAGUCAGCAUCCAGUUUGAGCGCGCGGGCACGUUCGAGACGGUUUGGCAGGCCAAGUACUAUAACUACUACAAGCGCGAGCACUGCCAGUUUGGUAACAAAUUCAGCAGCAUCGAGUACGAGUGCAAAACUAACGAGACGCGCACCCUCAUGUGGAUCAACAAGGAGGCCUUCAACUGAACGCCGCUGCCAGAAACCACUCAACAUGAUUUCUUCUUCCUCUUUUUCUAUUAUUUAUUUCAAUAUAGUGUACGAUUGUGUAUGUGUUGUGUGUAGGCUGACCGGCGAGCAGGAUGCUGGGAAAUGUAAUGAACAGCAGUCAAUACGGAAUUUGAUUGACAGAUGCUAGGGAGACCUCAAGAGUCACUCGCAGCUUCCUGACAUCAUUUCCCAUUUAUUGCCAAUAAGUUUUGUUUCAUGUGUUUUACUUGAUAAAAACAAAAACAAAUGCAGAAUCGUUUUCUCCUUUGCUGAAUUAAACAUUAGAAAGUGACAAUAAACCAAUAAACAUUAUAUUAUUAUCAA